CCAUUAAUUGAUAAGCACUCUGUGCUAUAGUUACCGUGUUAAUUGCAGCUCUUUAGCUCCUAGUCUCACAGCUCCUCCAGCAGUUUAACAAUUGGGAUUGAUUGCACAGGAACUAUUUUUAGAAUGAAAUGGCAGAAGAGUUUGGAGAGCAGCAGCCAUUUUUUUGUAUGCUACAGCUGUUUUUGAAAAAAAAAAAAAAAAAAGUUGGAUAAAAGUGUACUGAGUUUUCUUUCUGGGUAUUUUUUUUAAAAUUCUGCUGAAGUUAGAGUUUCCUAUUGGAUCAUUGAUCUUGCUUGUACCAAGUUGAAGCUGAGGUCAGUGUUGCAUGACAGAGGAUGUUGCUCGGUGACGUUCUUCUCAGAAGAGUAGCAGUUUUUCUUUGGGAACAGGACUGACCAAGCAGGAUUUAAGCCCCAUCCACGAUGUUUUUGGGACACUCCCCUGGCAUAGCUGUCCUUUGCAAAUUGAUAUUUGGAUAAGAUCCUAGUUGUCAGCAUGAAAGGAAAAACUGCACAUUGUGAUUGGAAAUCUGCACCCCAAAAGAAGCCCUCUCCCUGUGAUCGAUAUAAACACACUUGCAUUAUUUGCAGAGGAUUUGUUUAUCUCUAUGGAGGGAGGAACACCACCAGUCUUAGGGAUUUUUGGCGAUACAACAUAGUGAAAAAUGAAUGGGAAAUGCUGGAUUGCUCAGGAGAUGGUCCAGAAGAACUGGAAGAACAUUCAAUGGUGGCUUAUAAGGGGACCCUGUAUAUUUUUGGUGGGAUGGUGGAUUCUGCUUUCACGCAAACAAAAACUCCUCUCUGGAUAUAUGACAUUGAUUCUGCAAGAUGGACAGAGUGCCGUAACGUACCAGCAGAGACUGAGAGCUCGGCACCAACUAACAGAAAAGGUCACAGUGCAGUAGUGUACCAUUCCAGCAUGUACAUCUACGGGGGAUACUUUGGCAUCAGAGGCAUUUCACAGGAAUUUUGGACUUUCCAUUUUGAUACAAGAAAAUGGUUGUGUGUUUCCACCCCAUCUCACAGUGCUGGCCCCGGACCUCGGCACGGCCAUUCAGCAGUGGUUUAUCAUACAGGCAUGUACCUCUUUGGAGGACUGAUGGGGCUGAGUGAACAGAAGGACUUAUGGAAGUGGGACUUUGUAAGCAGCAGCUGGGCCAACAUCAGAACAAGCCAAGGACCUCCUCCAGCGGUAGGUCACGCUUCAGUAGUCUUCAAAGACUCUAUGCUGAUUUUUGGUGGAGGGAUUUCAAAUUCCAGUCCUACUGAUGACCUCUGGAAGUAUCAUUUCCAUACGCAGAUGUGGAAGAAGCUUAGUAGUACUACAAAGGCAAACUUUUCUCCUAAAAUGUAUCACUGCAUCUUAGGAGUUGGUGUUGGUUUCCAGAGUACCUCAGAUCUCAGCAAUAGAUUCCCCAACCGCUGGAAGAGCAAGCAGAAGGACCACCACCACCAGCUGGUGACCAUCCCGAAGCACACUCACUUUUGCAACUACUUCCGUCAGCAGCCCGCGUACCGAGCCUUCAGCAACGAGGAAAGCCAUGCAAUUGAAAUGAAAACCUUUAGCUUGCCUCCGGAGCCAGGGGGCUUUUGUGCAUUUCAAACUGCUUCAGAGGCACAACUAGACGCAAGCGGAGCAACAAGCGUUUUGUCAAAGGACAAGUCUCUCCGUCUGAUUGUCUCUUCAGAAGAAGAGACUUUUGCUGCUGCUCAGGUUGUGGGAGGAGAGGAGGGAACCGACUGUCCACACGUGACCGCAGCAGAUGAGGUUGGCAGUGGCACCAAUAUGCUGCUGCUCAUUGGGGGUAAACCUUUGUCCAGCUUCUCUGAGAUCUCAUUCUGGCAAAUGGAGUUUGAGAGCUUGUGAUCACUUUGACUGCAAAGUGAAAGAAUAAAUUCCCACCAAUGUGCCAGUAGGUGGUAAACCAACUGCUUGCAACUGUCUUCAGUUUCCCAUCAGCACACUGGGGGAAAAAAAAAAAAAACACAACCAACCUUCUCUUACUUGCUGUGACUAGAUUUUUUUACAAUGUGAACAAAACCCAACAUAUAUUUAAGUCACAACUUGCAUGUAAGUUGCAAUUUUUGAGAGGAGAUUGUUGGAAUGCUGCUCUUUUUGUUACUUUUUUUUCUGGUCAGUUAAUAUCCUUUUAAAUUGCAGUGGCUGAUGCUGCCUUGAACUUCAGAACUACAAGUAAUUGCUCAAUUUCAGCUGCAAAGCUUGCUCAUUUUGCACUGGACUAAGAAAU